AUGAAACGGCAAAUAGAAUUAAUCCGUUAUGGAGCACACAAAUCAUUAAUUAAAUCAUCAUCUGUGUUAAUAGUUCUAUUAAUAAUACUUCAAUUUGUUAAUUCUACAACAAUACACGAGGAGUCAGAUGAUGUCAGGCGACAUAACGAUGCAAAUGAACUUACAUUUUGUCAGCAGCUUCGAAACUUCGAGUCACGACGAUCACGUGAUUACAAAGACAAAGGCUCACGAAUUCACGUGAGGGUACCGAGAUGUAAUCGUAUAGGUGACUUCGAGCCAAUUCAAUGCUCAAAUGAAAUAGAUAAUACUCAUUGCUUCUGUGUGGAUGAAUAUGGAAUUGAAAUUCCGGGUACACGUGCUGAGACGGAAGAUCAAGUGAAUUGUAAAAAGCCAGAAGAUGACUGCCCAGCCGCCUCAUGCCGGAUGUUUUGUCCCAGUGGUUUUGCACGCAAUCAAACAAGUGGUUGCCCAAUAUGCAAGUGUUUUGAUGCAUGUAGCGAUGUAAAAUGUCCCAAUGGACAUGAAUGUGAGCCAAUUGAAGUGAAAUGUAAAAAUGAGCCGUGUCCGCCUAUUCCGACAUGCAGACGAGCACGAAGCUUGAGUGAUUUUUGCCCAACGGGCUCUCCACUAUCAAUAGCUGGAACGGUUCGACCAUUUUUGUGUGGUAACAAUCCCGGAAAGCCACAAUGUCCACCAAUUUAUAAGUGUAUGGUACAGACAGGAAAUGAUUAUGGUGUUUGUUGUCCAGCAUCAUUAAAAUAUGAAAAACCAGGAACAUGUCCAAAUUCAAUGGAUUUCAUUUCAACACAAGCACAUGGCGUUCUUUGUGGAUCUUCAUGCUCACAUGAUCUCGAAUGUCCACAUGUACAGAAAUGCUGUGAAUCAGCAAAGUGUGGCAAAACAUGUCAAACUCCUAAAGAUUCAACCUUUUGUCAUCAAGCAAAACUUCAGUCAGAGAUUCUCGCAAUUUCAAGAAAUGAAGGUCAAGGAUAUACACCACAAUGUGAUUCAAAGAAUGGACAGUUUAAGACAAAGCAAUGUUCAAAUAAUGGAUUAGUAUGUUGGUGUGUAAAUCCUGAAAAUGGCAACAAAAUCAAAGGGACAAUCGGUUCUGCAAAGACCGUACAAUGUGAUAAUAUAGAAAAUCUUCUAAUUCGAUCCGGUGCUCGAAGCAUGGAUGGAAAUAAUCAAUGUGACCAAAACAUUUGUGCUGCAGUAUGCCAAUAUGGCUUCAAGACAGAUCACAAUGGAUGUAAUACAUGCGAGUGUGAAUUGCCAUGUGAAGGUUUCAUUUGUCCAGUCGGGUCUAGAUGUGUUGUUGCAAAAGAUCCAAAAUGCACCUCCGGUUCAGGAUUAUGCCUAUCGGAACCAAUUUGUCAACCGGAUCUCAUUUAUUCAAAUCCGUGUGAACAGGGAGUUCCAUUGACUCAUAAUUUUACUGAAGAAAUUGCUUAUUGCCAUGAAGAAUUGAAUCCAUCGGAAUAUCAAGUACAGACAUUUUUGGAUGCAAGUGAUGAAAAUGUCGUUGGACGUUCAUUGAUGUCGAAAGUAACAUGUCCAGAUGGCUUUAAAUGCACUAGAUUAAAGGGUCAAAGUGAAAGUGUCUGUUGCCAAAAUGACCUGAUUCCUGCGUCAGCUGUUAAUCAUGAAGUGGAAGAAACAACUGUGGUGCGGCAAGCAUCAAUGUGUGAAUAUUUGAGAGAUUUUAGUGAUCGCAUGGAGGGAACAGAGGAGGGAAUGGCAUUAGCAAUUAUCCCGCCAAAAUGUAAUACAGACGGAUCAUAUGUGGCAAUGCAAUGUCAAUUAAAACGAAUGACUGUUACUAAGGCGGAGCAGAAAAAAGUUUUGGAACAAAACAAUAUCCGUGAAAUGAGAAAAUUAUUAAAUAAUCGACGUAGACGAGACAUUGAAACAUUGAAGCUUGUUCGCGUUGAUAAUGUUCAGCAAAAUAGAAGAUCAGACGAUGGUCUUGACACACAAGUUGUUCUUGACUUCCUUAAAAAGAAAAUUUUUGAGUCACCAGACAAAUUUAUCAGUGAGCUAUUUGGAGACAAUACACAAGGCAGAACAGCAAGAGUUAUUGACAUCCAAGCUGAAGAUUAUGAAGAUGAAGAAGAAUCUGAGGAUCUUGAAGUCAGAGAUGAUCGUAAAUUAGCUUUAAAAUCACAGAACAGAUUCAAUGAUCUAGUCGAAGUGGAAGUCGAACAAUGCUACUGUGUUGAUCGUUUUGGAACGGAAAUUCCUCAAACAAGAGGUUCAAUAAAUGUUACAGAAGAAACUUGUCUUAAAGUUCGUGACGAGAUUGACUGCUUGGAUUUGACAUGCAGAAUGGGAUGUGAUUAUGGAUUCGUAAUAGAUCCAAAUAGUAAAUGUCCAACAUGUCAAUGUCGUGAUCCAUGUGAUAAUGUUCAAUGUGAAAAUAAUCAAGAAUGUCGAACUGUCGAAGUAUCGUGCGAAGAUGCAUACUGUCCACCAGUUCCAAGCUGUUUCCCUAAGAAACAAGGUCAAUGUCCAUUUCUAGUUCCACCAGCAGGAGAAGAUUCAGAUGAUGCUUGUGCUUAUGAAUGUCGAUCAGAUAAUCACUGUAGUUCAUCGAAAAAGUGCUGUUCUAAUGGCUGUGGAACUGUUUGCGUUGAACCAAUGCUCAAGUCAGCUUGCCAACACCUUCAAUCAAUUCAAAUUCAUCAAGCAAUUGAAUUAGGCAUUCCAGCAAAACAAAAAUAUAUUGCACAAUGUAAUGAUGAUGGGACAUGGAAAACAAUUCAAUGUGGACCGAACAAUGUGUGCUGGUGUGUAGAUGAACGAGGAAAUGAAAAGAGCGGAACGCGUACAUCCGAUGAAAUUCCAAAUUGUUCCGUCAGUAAAACAUCAAAUUGUCCAAAAGUGCGAUGCAAAUAUUGCGAACAUGGAUAUGUGUUUGAUGUAAAUGGCUGUAAAACAUGCGAAUGUAAAGAUUUAUGUAAAGAAAUCAAAUGUCCAUUAGACGAACAAUGUGAACUCGUUCAGGUUGAAUGUAUCAAUAGCUUUAAUAGUACACAACCAUGCCCAAGGCUUCCUAUAUGCACACCGAUACGCGAUUCUGUAUGCACUGAAGGACUUCCAUUAAAACAGAAUGGACGAGAUAUCAAUUGUGGACCCGAUGCAACGGACUGUCCAACAACACAUACAUGUAAUUUAAAUCCAAUUACAAAGCAUGGAGUAUGUUGUGCAAAGAGUCGAGACGUAUGUUUUGAAUCAAUCGAUUCAUCAUGCAUAUUAAACGACAAUGAUGUUAGUGAAAGCAUUGUUAAGUAUCGAUUUAAUCCGCGUUACAAUAAAUGCACGGCAAUACGAUUAUCGAAGAAAAAUAAAAAUUCAUCAUGUGCAAGUAAAAAUCUCUUCCACAAUGAGCAGGCAUGUAAAUCUGUCUGUCCUGUUUUGACACAAUGCGAGAGAUUAAAAUUAAAAAAUUCUAUUGUUGCAAGGCGACGUGCUGAUAAAUCUGAUAUAUGGUUCCGUCCUCGUUGUGAUCCAGAGACGGGAAAUUGGAGCUCUGUACAAUGCAUAGCUGAAAAUACGACAGAGAAUACUCGUGUAUGUUGGUGUGCUGAUAAGAAAGGUUCACCGAUAAAAGGCUCAUUAACAAAAGGCACUGAGCCAGUUUGUAAUUACAGACAGGCAAGACGACGCGUACAAGAACACACAGAUCCGGUAAUGGAGGAACUCAUACGUCAAAUUACAUAUUUGACUGACGAAAGUAACUUUCUCGAUGAUGACGAAAAUUCCUCAUUAGAAGGUAGAUCGUUACCGAGUGACGAUAAAAUUGCAAUUGCAACAGAGCGUGCUCUAGAAAUAUCAGAAAAGCUUAGUGAAAGUACGAAAAAGCUUAUUGCAUCGACAACACGUUGUGAUGCCUUAAGAUCGACAGCUCGAUUUACCGUAACGUGCGAUGAGCAAGGAAAUUUCCAACCAAUGCAAUGCAAUCAUGAAACGUGCUGGUGUGUUGAUGAAGCAGGAAAUCAAUUGCCAUUCAGUAAUACAUUCAGAAAGGGAAGCAAGAAGUGCAUGCAUACGCCAUUAGACGCAAUCGAAAUCGAAUUGAAUUUAAUAAAUCCAAAUAAUGUUAAAUUAACAAAUUUAUAUGACGUAAUGUAUGAGGAUGUAAGAGAACUUAUUGGUGAUGAAAAUUUUGUAAAUUUCCGUGUUCAUGAAAAUGCAGAUGGAACUGUGACAUUAAAGUUUGACUUGAUUGAUGAUGAAAAAGUUAAUCAAGCAUUCGCAAUUGAGGAGAUGAGUAAGGAAGAUAAUUUAUUCUUAUUCCAUGGAAUGCUGAAAGUAGACAUGAGGCAGUCAAAAUUCUCUCAUAGAAUUCCAAUGGAAGUGCUUACGAAUGCACAGCGAUCAUCACUUGGUAUACCUCAAAACACAUUUCACACAAUUGUAUUCAUAAUAGCAACGUCCUCAGCUUUUAUUGUAAGCAUAUUAGUCAUUUAUGUUAUGUUAAAAAAAGGAAGAACAAAAGACGAUAAAACACAUUAUGUUAAUAAUAAAAAUCUUCAUUCAGGCGAUAAAUUCAUUGAUUAUACAUCGCCCAUAUUUGUUUUGAGUGCCAAUGAUUUACCAAGAAGUCAUCAUCAUCCUCAUCAUCAUCACAAUAGUCGAAGUAAUGAUGAAAGUUGAAAUUGUAAUUUUUCAAUACAAUUUCUCUUUCUAUGUGCUGCAAAGUAGAUGUUUUAGACAGUAGAUUGAGAAAGAAACGGGGUCGUUCAUAAAUUACGUCUAUCAACAUUUUGGAUUUUAAGGUAUUCCUUUCUUACUGGUCUCCAAAUUUUCAUACAUCUAAAUUCUAUAGUGUCACUAGUGUUGCACUUCAUUAGCUGAUAGACGUUACAAGUGAACGACCCGACAAAAAAUAAUAAUAAAUCGAAUAAAUUGACAUGAACACAUCAGACAUGGAAAAAUAGUUGUGUCUAAUGUGUUCAUGCUGAUAGAAAUUGAGACACAUAUGAAUGCUCAUAAUUUGAGUUUAAUUGUACAGUGUUUGCGUGCU